CUGUACGAUGAACGCGAGCGACUUCACGCGGACGCUAGCGGAGAAGUCCCGGGUACCGGAGGACGGGCUGGGCGGCCGCGGGGAGGGGGCGGACUCCGCCCCGAACGGAGGCAAGAGCUUCACGGUGAGUCACCUGCUGGACCUGGAGGACGCCGGGGCGGCGGGGCUGGAGCCGGCGGGGGACGGAGGCUUCUGCGCCGUGGACAAGCUGGGAGACGGCUCGGUGGACCCGGACGGGAGGGACACGGGAAGCGACUCCGGCAGGAAGGACGACGACAGAGACUCCGAGUCUAAGAAGAAGAAGAGGAAACAGCGCAGAAACAGAACGACGUUCACGAGUCAGCAGCUCCAGGCGCUGGAGAAGGUGUUCGAGCGGACACACUACCCGGACGCCUUCGUACGGGAGGAGCUGGCCAGGAGAGUCAACCUGAGCGAGGCAAGAGUACAGGUGUGGUUCCAGAACCGGAGAGCGAAGUUCCGGCGGAACGAGCGAACUCUGCUGCAGACGCGCAACGGGCUGCUCAGGCAGGUCCACCCCGAGGGCGUGUCCAUCGAGCAGCCGAUCGCGCCCCGACCCACGCCGAUCGCGCCCGAUUACCUCAGCUGGUCGUCGCCGACGUCGCCGUACAACCCGAUCGUGUCCCACGCCAGCGUAGUGCCGUCCACCUGCUCCAUCACACCUGGCCAGAACGUCCACGUCGGCUCCAGCAUCGCCAACCUGCGCCUGCGCGCCAAGGAGUACAGCCUGCAGCACGGCUCCAUCACCGCCUGAGGGCGCUGCUGCAACACCUGUAGUUUUAUUUUAUAGCUUUUAGAAAAGGACAAACGACGAUUCAAAUUUGUCAAGCUCGAAAGGUAUUAAAGUAAUAUGCUUAAUUAAGAGUACUACUUUGUUUAGAUAUUGAAGUGGAUAUUUUCAGUGUAAAUUGUUUUAUAUCCUUUUAUUAUAGACGUAAGGUGUACAUGUACAUGAACUAUCAAAGAAUAUGUACUGCUAAUUAUGUUUAAGUGCUAUCUUUGCUUAAUCGGGGAGCGUUAUUUUGAUUCUACAACACGACAUCAUUAUGUGUGCUGGUAGUACAAACUAUUUGGAGUAUAAUUAAUUUGCCAGUGUGGAUUAAUAAUUCUUUCUCUCGAAGACAGACGACGAUAAAGCCGAAUAUAAUAUUUGCCCUCUCUGCUUGGAGAUUUGGGUUAAUCCUGCCUUACAAUUUUAUAUGUCAUCAAAAUGAAGUUGGCGAAUAUUCCUGAAUUAACAAAUUGAGCUAUAAAAGCGUUGUGGAAUGGUAAAAGGUAAUAUUAAAACGAUAGCCGGGAACCGUGAAUCAUUUCUUGUAAUUACCCCGAACAGUGCCCUAUUCAGACGUUAUGUAAUAAAUAUCUUAAUUAUGGCAUUCCGUGUUCGUUCUAACUGAGAACACAUUUUGUAGGUUGGAAGAUGCUAUGUUUGUAUCUGUAGCUGCUGGAAUCUAAAGCCUAAAGUUCGAUCACUAUAAUGAAGCUGAUUAAGAUGUUUUAAUCUUUAUUCAUUUGUAUUUUGAAUAAAUUUUUGUGCUACUUA